AUGGAAGAUGUCAAUGGCACCAUCAGCGGCUGCACGAUUGGGGACCCGACAGUUGACGUCUUGACGCGCCAGACCGUCUGCCCUGUCGUUUGCGGUUUCAGCCCAAUGUGGACGACCAUUGUGUGGUUUUCCUGGUUCAUUCUCACCAUCGUGUACGCUUGGCGCAGAGGCCGGGGUGUUGACCGCGACGAGUAUUAUUCGCGCCAGACUUCCGACAUCGCUCACUUCAUUGGUUGUUCGAGAGCCGGAUACGAUGAUAAUCACUUGAUCGUCAUCGUCAUUCUCAUUUCUAUGUGCGCUCUGCACUCAGUCUUGGUGCGUUUUGCUGCCCAGCCAGACGCGGGUGGGUAUGACAAUGCGUGCAUUAGAUUUGGAAAUUGGUCCGCGUUGGAAGAUGUGUGCCCAGCAGGAGCGUAUCUUGAGCAGGGAUGGCCGGUGUUCCUCAUCAUAUACGCUUUGUGCUUCAUCGGUGCUUUAUUGGACCAGGGGGUCAUCGGGACGCAACAGUUACGACAAGCUCGCGAGAAGGAGCUCAACGCCGAGCAGCGACAGAAGACAUGGGAGGAGUUUGUUGUCAAGGGAUUCGCAGAAAGUUCGGUGGUGACGCUACCCUUAUCGGUGACGAAGGCCUCAACAGCUCAAAAGCCAUCAAAAUGGUUUUGCCCAUGCUCGUUCUUGCGCCCCAAGCCUACGGACGCUCUCGUGCGUGUAGAGAAAGUAAUGACAACGAUUGACUAUGCGAGGCACACCGCAACGAGUUUGUGUGACUAUGCAAGGCAGGAUUUUGGACGACCUAUGCCCCGGGAGGCCGCCAGGAGGAUUGUGGACCGCGAGCUAGGAGGCUUGGGCUUGCAAAGAUUCUUGGAGGCCAGGGGCCUGAAUGACUUGAAGCUGAAAGAGUCGCAGCCCGCCGAGCUUAAGGAGGACCGCGAGAGCCGAAGGUCGUGUGAAGAGGAAGUUUGGAAGGACUUCGCUGCCUUGCUUUUGAAUACCAAAGAAAAGUCACAGGCCUCGCGCCGACAAGACAUCACAGCUGCCUUCCAGCUCUUUGCUUUGGGCAUUUUGCCGCGAUCCAGCGCUGCCACGAUCGUGGACAAGAAUCUCAACGCGAGUGGUGACAACGACAGUGACGUUUACAUCUGUCCUGAAAAUCCUCAAGAAUAUGUUGCCUUGCCCAUUGUGAUGAUGCGCGAGCAGAACAUGCUCGAUGAGUGGACCGAUUUCAAUGUGAUCAAAGUGAACAGGUUAACGAAAGCUGCUGUGGAGCUCAAGGCUUUGGUUCGCCAUCAGAUGCACGUGAUGCGUGAGGCCAGCAGGGUUCAAAACUCAAGCCUCGCAAAUGCCAUGCUGAUCGGCGUGGAUAUCCUUCGCUUCUUGAUGGGGGCAGAGGAGGUAGAUGGCGAGGAAACAGGUCCUCUGAGGUUGAUCCAUGACUUUGAUGCGCGGAUGGCUCAGAUAGAGAAUGAGGAGGAUGCCAGCGGCUUGCAGGGCCCGGAAGAAUUCUUGCUUCAGCGUGCGAAGUUGGAGACAAGACUCCUAGGUGAACCUGGCACACAGGAAACACAAGAUGCCCAAAGGGAGUUUGCAGUUGCCGAGCGGCAGUUGGAAGAACAUCUCAGUGCAGCCAGGAUGACCAAGAUUGAGAUCUUCAAGCUCUAUUGGUUCUGUCCCGUUAUUCAGUCCUUCAGGAAGCCUCCGUCCAAGGAUGCUGCAGUCGACAAGGGCGCCUGUUGUGGGAGUCUUCGGGCUCAUCAUGUCUUGGGGACAAUCUUCGGUCUAACCGGCUUUGCUCUGAUGAUCUCAUUAGUUCCGCAUGGCGACUCCUGGGCUCUAGCAUACUACGUGCUGGACAAGCCAGCGCUGCAAGCCACCCGAUGCAUGCUGACAAAUACUACCGACUCCUACAGCCCAUGGUGCAUCGCUGGCAAGGAGAUAACGCUGACCCGGAUGACCUUGCCCCCUGUCCACCAUGGAGUUCCCGACACUCCUCUUGUGUGGGUAUGCCUCGCAAUGAAGGCGCUCAUCUUCUGCAUCAUGGGUUCCCUCUUCGGAGUCACCAUUAUGAAAACUUUGCAGGGGUUGCGGAUGGCACAGCAUCCGAUGAAGAUCCUGGAUCUGAUCCUCAAGCGCUGGAUCCAUCAACAGCGGCUUUCAAGUUGGCACUUGGAGGCUUGGAAGAUGGCCAGAGCCUCCCUCCUUCACAACGACGUCCGCUUCAUCCUGGACAGAUUUGAGCAAGUUGUCAUGUCAUUGUUGUUUGUCUGCGUGCUCCUCAUCUCCGAUGCUGUGGUCCAGUAUGUUGUCUUUAACAAGCCCCCCAACGCGGGGGGAGCUUACUUGACGCUCGUCUUUGCUAUCUCCACGUGGCUCUGCAUCAAUGCAGCGGUCGGAUGCCAUUAUGCGCAACAAAGCCACCUACAGUCCUUGCUGGAGAUGAAGGAGGCUUCUUUGCUGCGCACUGUUGGCCCGGAUGUCCAGUAUGUCCGGUCGUUCAUUGAUGUCAUGGUGAAGAGGCUCUCCUCCGGAGGUGAUUUCCAGACAACGAUGUUCUACAUGCCGUUGAACCCUGCGCUUCAGAAGUCUUUGCUGGCUUACUUUGCUGCUGCAGCCUUGACCGUCGUCGGCAAAAUCUUCUUCGGUGAAUGA